UCUCGGGGUGGCGGGGCUCCGGGCGGAAGUCCCCCGCCCUACUCGUGUGUGUCCGUCGGGGUUUGACUGGAGGCUAGUGAGGCUCCCGCCCCGUUCUCUUAUUUCUGGUUCCUUCUGCUUCAGUCUCCGCUGGCUCAAUCCCCGGGACUCAGCAUCACUACAGGACCAGAAGGGGGCCACACUGGACUGAGAUGGACCAGACGCCCCCAACCUACAUGCUUGCUAAUUUAACCCUCUUACAUUCUGAACAGCUUCUGCAGGGUCUGAACCUUCUUCGUCAACAUCAUGAGCUCUGUGACAUUAUUCUUCGAGUUGGUGAUGUUAAGAUUCAUGCUCAUAAAGUGGUGCUUGCCAGCAUCAGCCCUUAUUUCAAAGCCAUGUUCACUGGAAACCUUUCUGAAAAAGAGAAUAAUGAAGUUGAGUUUCAGUGCAUUGAUGAAGCUGCACUUCAGGCCAUAGUGGAGUAUGCCUAUACGGGGACUGUGUUUAUUUCCCAGGACACGGUAGAGUCACUCCUGCCAGCAGCAAAUCUACUCCAAAUAAAACUUGUGCUGAAAGAAUGUUGUGCAUUUCUUGAAAGUCAACUUGAUCCUGGAAAUUGCAUUGGAAUUUCUCGUUUUGCAGAGACAUAUGGCUGUCAUGACCUCUAUUUGGCAGCUAAUAAGUAUAUUUGCCAAAAUUUUGAAGAUGUUUGUCAAACUGAAGAAUUUUUUGAGCUCACACAUGCAGAUUUAGAUGAAAUUAUUUCAAAUGACUGUCUUAAUGUUGUUACUGAAGAGACUGUUUUUUAUGCACUAGAAUCUUGGAUCAAGUAUGAUGUACAAGAACGUCAGAAAUACUUAGCACAGCUGCUUCAUUGUGUUAGAUUGCCAUUGUUGAGCGUUAAGUUUCUUACUAGGUUAUAUGAAGCAAACCAUCUUAUUCGUGAUGAUCACACAUGUAAACAUCUAUUGAAUGAAGCUCUAAAAUAUCAUUUUAUGCCUGAACAUAGACUUUCCCAUCAAACUGUCUUGAUGACACGACCCCGCUGUGCUCCAAAAGUACUUUGUGCAGUAGGAGGAAAAGCUGGACUAUUUGCUUGUUUGGAAAGUGUUGAGAUGUACUUCCCUCAGAAUGACUCCUGGAUUGGUUUGGCAUCCCUUAAUACUCCUCGCUAUGAAUUCGGAAUAUGUGUUUUAGAUCAGAAAGUAUAUGUUGUAGGAGGCAUUGCAACUCAUAUGAGGCAAGGCAUCAAUUUCAGAAAACAUGAAAAUUCAGUGGAAUGCUGGGAUCCUGAUACAAAUACCUGGACAUCUCUUGAGAGAAUGAAUGAGAGCCGAAGUACCCUUGGAGUAGUUGUACUAGCAGGAGAACUUUAUGCCUUGGGUGGUUAUGAUGGACAGUCUUAUUUACAGUCUGUAGAGAAAUAUAUUCCCAAAGUUAAGGAAUGGCAACCCGUAGCACCAAUGUCUAAAACUAGAAGUUGUUUUGCUGCUGCUGUAUUGGAUGGAAUGAUAUAUGCCCUUGGUGGCUAUGGUCCUGCUCAUAUGAACAGUGUGGAACGUUAUGAUCCAAGUAAAGACUCUUGGGAAAUGGUUGCAUCGAUGGCAGAUAAAAGGAUUAACUUUGGUGUUGGUGUUAUGCUAGGCUUCCUUUUUGUAGUGGGUGGACAUAAUGGUGUUUCCCAUUUAUCAAGUAUUGAAAGAUAUGAUCCCCAUCAAAACCAAUGGACUUUGUGUAGACCAAUGAAGGAACCCAGGACAGGAGUUGGUGCUGCAGUAAUUGAUAACUAUCUUUAUGUGGUUGGUGGUCACUCAGGAUCAUCCUAUUUGAACACUGUACAGAAAUAUGACCCUAUUGAAAACACAUGGCUGGAUUCUGCCGGCAUGAUGUACUGUCGUUGUAAUUUUGGAUUAACUGCACUUUGAGAAGUGUGAACCCAUGGACACAAUGUGAUGGUGAAUCUUGCACUGCAUGAAAAGAUGCCCAGUUUUCCAAGACCCAGAAGCUGCAUACUUUUCUUUUUUUACUCAGAGUGGCAUGAAGACUUAUUUAAAAUUGUAUUGGGUAUUUUAAAUUGAUAAGUAGCUUUGAUUACUCUUUACAUAUGAGCAGAUUUAAAAAAAAAAGAAAAGAAAAAGAAAGAAAGCCCUCUUGCCAAUUCAGCGGAGCACUUUUGCCUGAGACUGGCUUGGUACAUAGUAGCUUGCCGUAGGUUUAUAGGCAUACGUGUGAGGAGAGUCUAUAUUUUUAAUUUUUUUCCUUCUCUCUUUCUCCAUGCAGUUUCCUGAAAUAGUAUAGGAGGUGCUUGAGUAUUGUGUGGAUGCAUUAUUUGUUGAUAAUUCUUAGAUAUGUCUUCAUGGUAGAUUGGAACCCAUUGUUUCAUUUUUUUUGUUAAACAAAAUUAAAACAAAAUUAACUCAAAGCCUGCCAUUUUUCAGUAAUUUAAGGUUUGUAAAUAACAAUUACUGUAGUAGGUUGGCUAUACUUCCUGCUAAUUGGGUGUAGGGCUGGGGUUAAUUGGCAAAUAUUCAUUGAUAUAUUUAUAAGGCAAAUACCUUUAGCCAUCAUGUUUUUUUGGGGCCAUUUUUUAAAAAUAACAAUUUUUAUGCCAUUUUUAUGUGAACAGGUUAAUGCUAGAUUGGUUUUUGUUAUCCAAUUAGCCUGUAUUUUUUUUUUUUUUUUUUUUUUACUUCAAGAGAAGCAUAAAUGGAUUGGGACUUAGUCGUAUGAUUUGUUUGAUGUUUCUUUAACAGCUCAGCAGAUUUCACAGACCACUUCAGUGUAAGUAUUUGAAAGAGGUAUAAGUACUCCAGCCCAAGUAGAUUUUUUUCAUAUAUUUGUAAUAAUUUUAUUUUUUAAGAAUGUCUAUUUGGUUUUUCAAAGUGUUGAGAUAUUAAAAUGGUGCUAACCGUAGGUUCUAUGACAAGGCUAUUACCAAUGUUCUUAAGGUAGUUCAGUAUGUGUAAUGCAUGACAUUUCAAAUUGUAUUUUUUGUUUUUAUUUUUUUUUUUGCUUGACUCAUUUGUGCCUAUGAGAGAUGUUAGUAACAAUACUAAUGUAUACAAUAUUUUGUUACUUAAAAAAAAAAUCUAAAUAGGUAGUCUUAUGGGUUUUUUUUUUUAUGGUUUCUGAAUAGUGAUUCAACCAUUUUUUUCUUAUAAUCCUUGCCCUUUAAAAUGGAAAUAAAUUAUAACAAGUAAAAAGCAGCAGGCAAUUCUAUAUUACUGUACACAUGUCCUAUAAAAGUGAAUAUUUAAUAUUAUUGGAAAAAAAACUGGAACUCUAAUAUGUUUACUUUAGUAAAUUUGAUUUUACUUUCGUUGUUAACUUAAAAUCAUCAUUGUUUGCUAUAGCCAGAUAAAAACUUAAUUGAAACAAGCAACUGGAUUCAUUCUAGUGUUUUUUAUUAAAUGUUUGUUAGUCUUAAGUAAGGAAUCACAUUUAAGUUGCAUUUAUUAUGAUGUUGGUACUUAUAUUACCAAAUUUGGUACUAUAAUCACUUGCUCCUUUUCUCCUUGUCAAAUUAAUUUCUCAUCUUCUCAUUCCUUUUUGUUAUUCUUGAAGCCAAUGUAUAUUUUUUACCUCAAAAACUCAUCACUUAUUACAUUCUUAAGUGCCAUAAUGUUCUAAACAAUUGUUAAGCCAUUUGUAAUUAUAUUACAUAUAGAUGAAUUUUUAGUAUGUAUAUAAUACAUUACAUUCUUUGAAAAACUAAUCGCAACUAAGCAAUCUGCAGUUUUUCUUGUUCUUCCAUAAACUUCCAGAUGUGGGUGUGAAUAUAUAUCAUAAAACAUAGCAUCAUGUUUUACUGUUAUUUGCACAAACUUUAAAAUCUUGCAAGUGAUUUUCCCUUGGCUAAUUUAGAAUAUAACAGGAGCUACAAAUAAUAAAAUUGACAGGCUAGAUAUUUUCUGCAUUGCUUAUUUGAAUGAUCUAAUGAUAUAUAGCAAUAAUAGUUCUUGAUCAUUAAUUUUAUUAAUUCUGAUGAUUGAAAAAAAAUAUACCAAUUGUGAUGGGCACAUUUAAUAAAA